GUACUUUCUCUUCCCGAGUUCACGACUCGAACUGAAGCUCUGGGGCGACAUUUCGCUACAGUAACCACCGUCUGCACCUCCUUGGAAUACAGCUGGAUGAUAUCGCGUUCACGAUUAACGACAUUGACUGAUCGAAACUAUAUAAAAAAAAACGUUUGAUUCUAUCAUUCUUAUAGAGGCAAUUUGCUUAUUUCUUUCGAGUAACAAAGAGAGUUUCGCGGAAACGCGAGUCAAAAUGACUGGACUGAACUAGUUUUAGAAGUCGUAACUGGAAUUUGUGAACUUGCUAGUCGCGUCAGAAACGGGUUUUGGUGCUUCUCCCUGUAACGAUUUUGUUCCUCUUUUGUGACUGACACAUUCUGCCUCCCCUCUCUUUCCCCGCGGACACAGACACUACGCUUUUGUGCCCCGGAGCUAAAGCUAAACGGGCCAGGAAAACGGUCAUGUGAUAGGUGUGGCAGAGGGUGGGAAAGUUGUCUCCUGCCUCACCUGUGUGUGUUUGUGUGUGUGUGUGUGUGUGUGUGUGUGUAAUAUGAGAAAUGGGUUGCGCCCAGAGUUGAAUGACACACACAGCGGCGCAUCAGUCAUUAAACGAUGAUAAUUCGAUGAGAGCGCAGGACAGAUUCGUUCAUUCAGACACAAGUUUUUUUUAAACUGAGAAACACGCUGAGUAUUCUUGGAGACAAAAUGACCGUUGAACUUUUUAUUAUUGAUUAGUUGGUUUGGGAGAUUAUAUCGGUUAGUCGUGUCUCGCGAUCAUGGCUCUGUCUCAGCUCCAGUGUUUGGACGAGAACCACGUCAACUGGCGCGUGAGCGAGAGCAAACCGGAGUUCUUCUACAGCGAGGACCAGCGGCUAGCGCUCGAGGAACUCAUUUCCCGGGGACGCCAGGCCUUUACCGAAUACCUCAGUAAACACGGCAUCCGCGAGUUCCUCUCUGAACCAGAAGUGGAAAGGCUUGCGCGAACGGCAGAGGCCUACCAGCCCGGUAGUGACAAUCAGAGGGCUGAAACGGGAGCAGGACCGGGAGAUGACGGAGGCGAUGGCGCUGUCUCAUUACAAUAUUGGCCCGACCGUUCGGAGAAUUCUAUACCGGACCUGGACUUGGGUUGGCCCGACGCGAUCUCGUACCGGGGAGUGACGCGGGUCCAUGUGCACACGCAGCCGCCCAUGGACGGAAACAUUCACAUCAAAGAGGUGGUGCGCAAAGCUAUUGCGCAGGCUCAGAAGGUCAUAGCGGUGGUGAUGGAUGUGUUUACAGAUGUGGACAUCUUCAGAGACCUGCUGGAUGCGUGCUACAAGCGCAGGGUGGCAGUCUACAUCAUCCUGGACUCUGCUGCUGUACCCUGCUUCCUGCUCAUGUGUGACCGGGCUGGCAUGCACGCAGGACACCUGAAGAACCUGCGCGUGCGCUGCAAUGGAGGGGUGGAUUUCUACUCUCGCUCUGCCCAGAAGGUCCGCGGCUCUCUCAGUCAGAGGUUCCUGUUCCUGGAUGGAGACAAGGCCAUCUCUGGCUCCUACAGCUUCACGUGGUCUUCGUCCCGGUUGGAUCGCCAGCUCAUCACAGCGAUGAGUGGCCAGGCGGUGGAGGCGUUCGACAAGCUGUUCCGUGAUCUCUACCUAACCUCCAGGAGCGUAUCUCUUUCCAAGGUGCAGCUGGGGGAGAAGCCUGCCCCUGAGCCUGCCCUUCCGCUCCCGCCCCCUCCCCCACCCUCGGCAACCGUCGCCAGGAAACUCAUCAACCCCAAAUACGCCUUGGUUACAGCCCACGCCAACGCUAGCCCCGCCUCCUCCGGCAACCUCAGCAGCAACAAGAACUCCACCCCCCAGAAUACAGUGGGGCUCCUGGUCAAGGGGCGUGUCCGGGAGCCUGUGGAGGCCCCGCCCCUCCAUCCCGGCUUGGCCAAUCUGGAGAAGGUGUACCUGGUGGCGUACCUGCCCACCUGGCCGGAGCCCGACCCCGCUGGGGAUGUGAUCGGGUUCAUAAAUGUGCGCGGGGGAUCCCGGCCCCUCCAGGCUCACCUGCAGAGAUCCCAGCAGUUUGAGACGAGUCAAGCCGUGCGCUUCAGUUCCCCCUUCACCCCCCCCCGCCCCCCCAGAGCUGCCUGAUGUAGCCCUGCCCCGCACACACACCGCCACACACACCACUGACACACACACUGCAGAUACACACACCUCUCCAGACACACACACUACAGAU